AUGCAGGCUGUGAAAGAUAAACUCCAUGACAUGAAUUUCAUGCGCAAGGCCAAAGCAGAAGCAAAGGCCGAGGAAAAGGCGGAGAAGGAAAUUGUGCAAGCGAGAAAGGACAUAGCUCAUGAGGUUAGAUUAGCAAAAGAAGCUGAGGUAGCCAUGGACUUACAUGUGACAAAAGCAGGAGAAAUAGCAAAGAAAGAAAUAGAAAAACAUGCACCCAUUGAUCCAAAUGCAAAUUCAGUAGAUCAGGGUAGUUCAAUGCAACCCCCAUCAAAUAAUCCCACGUCUAUGUGA